GCUGUUGCCACGCCUACUUUCCAAGUUAAAACCGCAUUGUUAACUAACAAAGAGGGUACGAUUUUACUGAACUCCUCCCUCUUUUCCCAAGCCGACUUAUUGAAAUUAAUAACUGUGACAAAUAUCAACCUGUCAAGGUGACGUGAAUAUAUAGGUUAUGGGUUAUGGUUUGUAAACAUUUAUUAUUUGUUGCUAGUAUUAAACAAAGUAACAAAACUUAGAAAUCGGCCUUUGCCAAAAUACCUAAUAGUUAUUUCUACGUUAUGGAUCCCCAUCAAAGUUCUUACAGAAAAGUAUUAUCUGCUGCGGUAGCUAGUGUCCUGCUAGAAACUGGAUUUGAUACCGUUGAUAAAGACUGUCUUGGAACAUUAACAGAAAUGAUGCAAGCAUGUAGGUAUUAACUGUUUCGAUAUGAUAUCUGCUCCAGAAAUAUCCUCUUGAAUUGAUCCCUAAGAAUCGUUACUACUCCUUCAUGUUUUACAAAUAUUGUAGACAUAUGGUAACUUUAUGGUAAAAAGGGUAUACGUCAAACACCAUAGAAAAUGAGAUUAAUAUCCCAAAUACUUUAUAGCUAAGCAAAGUAGUUUUUUACAAGAAAUUUCGUCUUUAACUAUAAUCACAGAUAACCAUACCCUUCAACAUUUAAACUAGUGUAAAUUUUAAGUUCUGCAACAUACUAAAAUGAAAUCUUUUUGGCCUUUUAUCUCUGCUUCAACAUUUGUGAGACAAUCCCCUUACAGUCACCAUAUAUCUUCAAAACUGUUGCUUCUGAGAAUGACAUUUGUUUCAGUUACUUGUGAAAUAGCCAAUUUGAGUAAGAGUUACUGUGAGCUAUCUGGACGUUCAGAACCAAUCAUUGCUGAUGUUAUAUUAGGAUUUGUCGAAAUGGGAUUCAAUUUCAACAAAUUGGACAGUUAUAUCAAAGGAAUGAAGCACACACAUCUACCAAAUCUACAACCACAACAGCAACAGAAGUUAUACAACAUGUUAGCAGCAGGCACAAAGCAACCUUUGCCCCCACAUAUUCCACAGCAUUUACCACAGUUUCCUGAUCCACAUGCUUAUGUCAGAACUCCUACACACAAACAACCAAUAAUUGAUUAUGAAUCUGUAAGAGAAAAAGCUGCUAUUCAAAAGAGGGAUAUAGAGAAAGCUUUGACCAAGUUUUUGGCCAAAACAAGUACUACUCACAACUUGUUUGACAGUGAUGAGGCUAAUAUUUUUCCUUUAAUUGCCUGCAAACCUUCCCAUCCGCCAUACUUGAGCGCCUUGCUGCCUCAAGACCAAAUAUUCGAUCCUGAAGAUCUAGAUGUUGACCCCAAGAGCCAAAUAGUACAACAGCAAAAGAACCAUGACAAAGCAAAGAAAAAAAAAGAAAUCAAAAAGGAAGUAAACACGGAACCAGUUGAAAACAUGGAUGAGACACAAAAUGAAUCCAUGAAAAGUGAUGAUAAUGUAGCUAGUGCAAGUUAUAUUGACAAUCCAUACCUUGCUGCUACAAAGUUGCCUAAUAGCCAGAAUAUGGAUUUGACUUAAGAGAUUUUAGGUUGUUAUUUAUUCUUUUUUUAUUAGGAAAUAAAAUACCAUCUAAGUGUUGCAACAGAGUGUCAUUGACAAGUUUUAUUGAAUGGUAGUAGUUGGUGGAUAUAUAAAAGGAUAUAACUGAUGAAAAAUUAUCUCUGCAAGUUCGUCUGCAAAACUCCACAGUCCAACCAAAGCCGA